UAACGGAGCUUUGUAUUGCAACAACAACAACAAAAAGAUUAAAAUAGACCGUUUAGUAAUCAAAAAAGCAAGCCUCCAUCAGCCUUACUGAUGUGCAGGGGGGAGCCGUCUGUUCCAGGGUGCCGGGGUCACAAGGGAAGGGAACCUCUCUGGUCCUGGAUGGUGGGCUGCUCCCCGAACCUCAGCAGCCCAUCUACGGUUCACCGCCGCUGGCGGGCUCGGGUCUGCGGGCUGCAAAAACUUUCUAAAUCCGAGGAGGGUGGGCCUCUGUCUUGAAUGUGGCUGCCACACUGAGGCAUUAGGGUCACAUUUACCUCAGGAAAUAUGCGCGAUCCCAAUGAAUUUCUAGGCUACAAAAGAAGGGGGGGGGGGAUCAUAAGGCAUGAUUUUUAAACGUGACUUCAGUGAAAUCGAAUAGUCCCGAUUCCUCACGCUACUAAGCCGAGGGGGUUCAUUCCGCUCCCUGAGCGCGUCCAUUGCGCCGAUCCAUCCGGCCGGCUGGCGGGAACGUGGAAGAGUGACCGUGUUGGUCAUCUUUCAACUUCAAAUGUGUGGAAGUUUUAGUGGUUUAUCGUUUAUAAAAGUGUUUUUAUCGUGAAAAUCCCUAUGAAUAAGGGUCGGGGCAAACGAGGUGCGAUUUAUUCCUCAGAACUAUGCUGUGCUAUCAAGCUAAGGGGCAUGCAGUAUGGCGCAGACACAAGGACGAAUAACAAAUGUCUGACCUUGUGAUACGAGUGAGAUAGCAAGUCCUGCGAACGAGUCUUGCACAAAUAAAUGUUUUAAGAAAAACAGCAGCAGACAGGCAAACUUCGGUUCUCCAACAAGGCAGGCCAGAAGAGAGAAAUCCCGGCCCGUUAGAUGUAAACACCUGGGCAAGCCUUUCAGACUAUUGGUGUGAUUCAAUGCAGAUAGAUAAAGAGUAAAGGAGGCGAGAGUGGAUAUUGGACCACUGGAAAGUGACACUGGGAGAGGUAGUAAUGAAGGACAAAGAUAUGGCACUCAAAUUACGGUAAUCGGAUGAAAUGUGCUCAUCAAGCCCGGUGGACCAACGCUGGUCUUCGCAAUCAUCACCCGUGAAGAAAUAUCGCCAGGAAGAAGCCAGACUAGAAACAUCAAAGAGGAAAAUGCUCCCCCUGUGUCUUCUCCUUGGUGUUGCCUAACUGCAAAAACCAGACGUGUAUUCUGUAAUCAGCAGGUUUUUUUGUCCCCAAAACAACACGUGGAACGUAGGCUUUGGAAACUACCAAGCGGAAAUUUGGGAACUAACUUGGCAUCAUGUCAUCUGAAAGCUCUAAGGCUGAAUCAUCUAAAUAUAAUCAUAGAUUCUCGGUGUCACGAGAGAGACUUUUUCUAUCGAGUGCUUCCCUCAGGUGGUGGGAUAUGGCCACUCCUAAAAAAGCUCUCCAGGCGCUACUUGACAGGAGGUUCGAGCUUGUUUGCAAUGGUUGGGUUCCUGUCAGUACAGAACCACAACCAGACUUUCCGGACAAAGUAAGUGCCCCAAGGCGCUGGCGGGCGGGAGUUCGGGCCCAGGACCCCUGGAAGAAACUUGGAAUAUCGCCUAUCAGGCUGUUGUUCAGGGGGAGGGUGAACAUGGGGAAAGUUUGCGAUUGGUUCAUGCAGACCACAGAAACUCGGUCGCUGACUAUUGCGAAGAAGACAAGUUUUCGGAGGCAGCUGAGGGGCAAAGGAUUCCGGGCUGAAGGGCAAAGGAGAACUCGACUCGGUGCUACGAAGGCGCGGUCGGCCAAAACCCGUGCGAAGACUCGGGGCAGGAUGGCCUCGGGGAGGGGGCGGAGGAGGAACCUGGCGCGGCGAGAAGCGUCUGUGUGUAACCCGCAACUCGAUGGAUCGCAUAAUUGGUUGGGUCGCCAGCUGGAGGAGCGCAGGUAUAACCUGUGGCAACGGGAGCCGCCCCCCGCCACUGCUCAGAGCUCACAGAGCAGCCACAGCAGCGAGAGCGUAGCACCUACCGACGUCCCUGCACCAUCCCCAGUCACCUACGAUCCGCCUGUGAGCCCACCCGUGAUCUUCGUCAAAGGGACCCGCUACAAGAUGGUGCCGGUUGGCAACGCCUUGCCUACCUCGGAGAAAAUGCAAGAGACCAAGACACCAGGGGAGUCUCGGCCCCGCGAACCCUCCCAGCGGCCAGCACCGCCCCUCCUGGGCUGCCUGCGGGAGUGUUGGGUGCUGCUCAGGAACAUCGAGUUGCCCCGGAGUUCGGAACAGAGCCUUCCCUGGCCGGACCGGAAGGUGGCCAAGGUUGGCCGGGGGCGGAGACGACAAAGGGGGAGGAUAAACGCCCACCCAGACCUUGGUCGCAGCCGGCCUGGCUUUGCCCGCCGCACCCACAGGGUGGCCGGACGCCAACUCCCCAUUGGGACCGUCCCACCCCGGGACUUGUCCCCUCUACAAUCCCGGCCGGAUGGAGGACCCACGAUUCCCGUUCAACGGUACUGUGCAAUGCAGAAAGUGACGGUGACACAACAGGACGACCUCCUGGCGGACGUUCAUUGGCAACUGGUGGGUUUGAAAGAGUGCAGGGUCAUUCUGAGGAAGAUCAAAGUAUUGGAUGGGAGUCGUCGAAAUGGCUGUUUUGGUGGACUGCGCUCUAAGACAACUUCACCGUGCAAGCACCCAAAGCAAAACUUGCAAGGAAGGGGAGCCGAAGUUAAGCGCCCUUCUGAAUUUCAUGGUACCGCCUUCUGCGAGAAGAACCCAAAACGGUCGUUAGCAACAAGUAACCGUGGUGCAAGUGUAUCAGCCUUUGCAAAAGUACAGUGUUUUGAUUCCGUCAGUGAAACGUAUCCUCGAGCGUCCAUCAAAGAAAAGAGGGACAAUUUCAGGGACGUUCAGUGGAAGCAACAAGGUCUGAAAGAAUGCAAAGUAGUAUUAGAGAAAAUGUCACCUCUAGUUGGAAAUCGCUUCAUUAGUUUGGCAGAUGGUCCGCUAUUUAAAUUAGGUUGGAAUACUAUUAGAAAUAAAAGUAAUUGCCAAGAACUUUAGAGGAGAAAUGAUAAAAAAAAAAUGGGCUGUUGAAUUGUAGUUAGUCGGUAGGUGGACUUCGGUUAUUUUGACAUCAGAGCAAACCUUCACUGUUAUUCUGAAAUUCAGUUGUACAUUGAAUUGAUGGAAUCAAUGGACAUGUUUGCUCGCAGCCUUAUUGACCCACUGUGUAUAACUGACUUUAAUGAAGGCAUUAUUGAUCAAUUACAAGCUCUAGGGGCUGGCACGGAAGAAUGAAUUGAGAUGUAAGGAGGUGUUAUCGACACAUUUCCAUCUGUUGAGCUAGGUCAUAGAAUUACAAAUUAGUGAAGAUGGUGGUAGGAGGUGAUCAAACUGUCCACUAGGACUUAAAUUGACACGUGCACCUGUUAGUAUUUAGAAUGCCUUAACUAUCCAACAAAAACCUGAUGUGUAGUGUGGGUGGAAUUGGGGUUCACCUUGUUAUUUUGCCAGUGGAAGAUAGAAUGGUUUGAAAUGUUUACAAUGUUGCUGCUGAAGGAAGUUAAUCUAAAGCAUACUUAAAAUAGAUAUGUAUGAGUAAGUGUAAUUUAUCUAAAUUUUCUAAAAGCUUUCAAACUUUGUUUAAACUCACAAUUCCGGAGACUCAGGGUGAAAAACAAGCUAUAAAGUUGUUUUUACAAAUGUGAACAUUUUUGUUUAAUCUGUGUUUUGGGCAUUGAAAUGUAGCAGGUUUUCUCAAUUUAAAUAAAUUGCUAAUAAAUUGUUUUGUCAGAUUAUCAAAUGCCCCCCCCCAUGUAAUUGUAGUUUGAAUCUCUGUGAAAUCAUUUUGCUUAUAGGUUUAUGAAGUGCGAUUUUCAUAGAUAUUGCACAUUUUAAGAUAAUGUGAUCAGAACGUUGAAUUUUGUUAGAAAAGUUUGGAAAUGAAACCUGUGUGCCUCAAUCAACAUUUUUUUGGGCUUGAUUAUUAUAGUUUUUUUGAAAAUCUUAAAAUUUAUGGUUCCAAAAAAGCAGUAUAACAAGUCUCAAUGAUAUUUGAUUAAAAUACCUUAAUAGCAUUUUAAUAUUAGGGAAAAUCUGCAACAUGCACUGAUCCUGCACCUGUGAGAUUUCACUCAAUAUUGGUAUAUCUUUAUUUUAAACUGGGAUUAUUUAACCUCUAUCUCCAAUCUGUGACAAUAAACUUGAAGGGCAUCUAAAGUGGGUUUAACAUUCAAUGAAAAUGAGCUAUGCUACUAUUCUUCAGUGCUGGCAAGACUAUUAAGGCAUGCAGGAUAUCUGUAGUGAAAAAUGCAUUCAGUCACAUGCUGUGAAUUUGGUAAUGGUAAACUUUAGAAUUUUUUAAAAUGGCAAAAUAAAUGGUUUUGCUUCAGAAGGAGCUGACCUGUGUGGUGGAGAAGGAAUAAUUUUGUGGGCAGUCUCAUUUCCACAAGAGACCCAAUGUUGCAGAUUUCAUAAUUGUCUCUAACUGCAUCUAUAUUUUCAAUCUUUCAUAUAAUUAGUUUCAUACCAUUAUAUUUUAAUACACCUUUACACAAAGCUCAAAUUAGAACAUUAUGUUUUGUGUUUGUAGAUGCCCUAUGUCUCCUUGCCAAAGAGUGCAGUUGUGAAACAUGGCAGAGUAGAGUGAAACUGUUAAGCUCACACACCUGGCACAUGGUAUCAGACUAGCAGAUUUUCUGGAUUUAUAGUUAAUACUCCAACACACUAGAUACUUUUUUAGAUGUUAUACAGAAUAACAAAUCUUUCAGGGAAUACAGUAAGUUUACAGGGUGCACGUGAAACAAGGUUGGAAUUGGGGACCUGUCAGGUAAAAGGAGUGCGUGAAUCAGCACCUAAUGCACCAGAUCUUAAGCCGACUAGCUCUACUGGAGUUCUUCUGUACUAGAAAUUCCACACUGAAGUCCACAAAUCGUUUUGCAAUGUGAAUACUGAAAGGUUCUUCCUUUUGAGCAGAAUCUCAGCCAUGAACGACUGCUUCAAUUAUUAUAUUCUUCAGGUUCCUUGAAUGUGUGCAACGAAUGGAAAUGCAACAUUCAAUAUUUUGUUUGAUCUCAUACACAGACUGGAGAGGUAGUUUGCUCCUUGUGGAGUAGAACCCUGCCCAUUAUAUUCUCGGGUUGCAGGUGAAUAUGAUUCUGAAGGUAAUUGCUUAUUCUGGUAUAUGCCAGUUGCAGAUAAGGUACCUAUAUUUCUGCUCUUAGGGGGGUUUAAAAUGAUUUUGUAUGAAUAGAUGGAAAAUGACAACAUUGGAAAACUCCUGUCAAUAGUUAAGUAAGUUCUGUAUACAUUUUUGUUAAAUUGAUAAACAGAGCUAACAUAGGCCAUCUAACUAUCCAAGCCUGCUCAGCAGUUCAUUGAGAUUGUUGCUGUUUUGCCUCAUCACCACUUCCUGCACUAUCCCACAAUUCCUUAAUUUUCUUAAUACUCAGAAAUCUAGUAAUCUCUGUUCUGAAUGAAAGCCCUCCAUGCUAGAGGGCUUCGAAAAUCCCUAAUAGUUGGCACUAAAUGGGUGUUAAAAUUUCUUAUCCGUUCUAAACGGCCCCCUGCUUCUGAAGUUCUGCAUCACUCCCUGUAAGAAUUAAGUUUGUGUAUUGAGAUGCAGUGCAGAAUAGGCUCUCUGGUCCUUUGAGCCAUGCUGGCCUGCCAUCCCCCCAAUUUAAUCCUAGCUUAAUCAUGGGACAAUUUACAAUGGCCAAUUAACCUACCAACUGGUAUGUCU